CCAGAGAUCUGGACGCCCAUUUCUUGUUUCUCUCUGCACGGAGGCGGUGAGAGAAACAGAGAGAGAAGGAGAACGUUACCCUUCUGUCCGUUGUCCCGUUAAAGAUCGAGCUGUUCGGCCUCUCUGGGGCUUGCUUCUCGUCUCCUUUCUCGCCCACGUCGGGAAUUCCUCCAGGGUUUUAAUUUAGUUCUUCUUCUUUCUCGUUUAUGUUCUCGGUCUUGGAGGGAAUCACGCAAGAACGUUUGAGAUUUGGGGAAUUUUGGAUUGAUUUCGAGCAAAGUCUGCUGAGGAAUGAUGCUGUAACGGGAGUGGACUUGCGCGUUUUGCUUUGAUAGUGGAUCGGAGUUUGACAUGGCGCAGAGUAACUGGGAAGCGGAUAAGAUGCUUGAUGUUUAUAUUUAUGAUUAUCUGGUGAAACGAAAUCUACAAACGACAGCGAAAGCUUUUAUGGCCGAGGGAAAGGUUGCUGCUGAUCCAGUAGCAAUUGAUGCUCCGGGAGGUUUUCUCUUUGAAUGGUGGUCUGUUUUUUGGGAUAUCUUCAUUGCAAGGACUAAUGAAAAGCAUUCUGAGGUUGCUGCAGCUUAUAUAGAGGCGCAACAAAUAAAGGCGAGAGAACACCAACAACAGUUACAGAUGCAGCAAUUGCAACUCAUGCAGCAGCGACAUGCUCAUAUGCAGAGAAAUAAUGCUAAUCACCCUUCUCUUAGUGGUCCCAUAAAUGCGAUAAAUUCUGAUGGAAUUCUCGGUUCCCCAACUGCCAGUGUCUUAGCUGCAAGGAUGUAUGAAGAACGUUUAAAGAAUCCACAUUCAAUGGAGUCUGAGGUGUCCCCUCAGCUUCUCGAUGCUAGCAGGAUGGCCCUUCUUAAGUCAGCAGGGAACCAUCCAGGGCAGUUAAUCCAAAGCAAUCCAGGCAAUGUAUCUGCAACGCUGCAGCAAAUUCAGGCACGAACCCAACAGACAAGUGACAUUAAAAGUGAGGCUAACUUGGGUAUGGCUCAAAGAUCUUUGCCGAUGGAUCCAUCCUCAGUAUAUGGACAGGGUAUUAUCCAGUCAAAAUCUGGAUUAAGUGGGGCCGGAUUGAACCAAGGCGUCAGUGGUCUUCCAUUGAAGGGCUGGCCUUUGACUGGGCUUGAUCAACUACGUCCAAACAUAGGCCCACAAAUGCAGAAGCCUUUUUUAUCUACACAAUCUCAGUUUCAGCUUAUGUCACAGCAGCAACAACAACAAUUCUUGGCACAAGCCCAGGCUCAAGGAAAUCUUGGUAGCUCUCCCAACUAUGGAGAUUUGGAUCCUAGAAGAUUUAGGGCCUUACCUAGGGGUGGCUUGAAUGUGAAAGAUGUUCAACCCACUGGAACUGAUGGAUCAAUAGGUUCCCCACUUCAGUCAAAUUCACCAAAGGUUAGACAGGAUCAAGCUGAAUAUGUUAUGAAGUUGAAGGCAGCCCAGAUGCAGCACUCCUCUGCUCAACAAUCACAGGAACAACUCCAGCAGCAGCAACAGUUGCAACAGUUGUUUAUUAAGAAUAUCCAGAGUAAUAGGAAAAGGAAACAGCCUUCUUCAUCAGGAGCUGCGAACAGUACUGGAACAGGCAACACGGUUGGCCCUUCUCCCAACUCCCCUCCAUCAACUCCCUCAACCCAUAAUACUGGUGAAGGAGUGGCAAUGGCUGGAAAUAUACAUCAUGUCAACAAUAUGCCAAAAAGUUUGAUGAUGUAUGGUACAGAUGGAACAGGACUUGCCUCAGCUUCAAAUCAGAUGGAUGAUCUGGAACAUUUUGGAGAUGUUGCUUCUUUGGAUGAUAAUGUAGAAUCGUUUUUAUCGCAUGAUGAUGGAGAUGCUAGAGAUAUAUUUGCUGCACUAAAAAGAAGUCCUGCAGAGCCCAAUCCGGGGUCUUCAAAGGGUUUUACAUUCAGUGAGGUUAGCUCUAUCCGCAUAAGCAACAACAAAGUUGUCUGCUGCCACUUUUCUUCAGAUGGGAAGUUGCUGGCAAGUGCUGGGCAUGAAAAGAAGGCUAUUCUCUGGAACAUGGAUACUUAUCAGACUGAGAGCACUCCUGAAGAACACACUUCAAUUAUUACAGAUGUUCGUUUUAGGCCAAACUCAUCUCAGCUGGCAACAUCUUCUUUUGAUAGGACUGUGCGACUGUGGAAUGCAGAAGAUCCUAGUUAUUGUUUGCAUACAUUCAGUGGACACAACUCCCAAGUGACGUCUCUUGAUUUUCAUCCAAAGAAGACAGAUCUCCUGUGCUCUUGUGAUAGCAAUGGUGAAAUUCGAUUCUGGAGUGUCGACCAGUUUUCAUGCUCACGUGUUUCUAAGGGUGGUACAGUGCAAGUUAGGUUUCAGCCUAACAUCGGACAGUAUUUAGCAGCAGCAGCGGAGAAUGUGGUGUCUAUUUUUGAUGUUGAGACAGACAGAAAGAUAUACACAUUGCAGAGACAUACCAAGGAGGUACAAUCUAUUUGCUGUGACAAUAGUGGGGAGCUUCUAGCAUCUGUUAGUCAGGAUUGUGUGAAGGUGUGGUCAUUAUCAAGAGGAGACUGCAUUCAUGAGCUAAACUCAAAUGGAAACAAGUUUCAUUCAUGUGUUUUUCAUCCAAACUAUCCAGAUAUUUUGGUUAUCGGGGGGUAUCAGUCCUUGUUGCUGUGGAAUGUGAUGGAGAACCAAACCUUGUCGGUCGCGGCACACGAAGGUCUGAUUGCAGCAUUGGCACAGUCACAAGCCACAGGAAUGGUGGCCUCUGCUAGCCAUGACAACUCUGUUAAGCUGUGGAAGUAAGCAGGGGCAUGUUUUGGCCUCACAAUGCAGCUGUUCUCUUACAAAUUUUCAAUAAAAGGAAGAAAUAAUGUCCUAUGCUUGGUUGGUUCGUUGGUUGGUUGUUUGAAAUCAAUAAAAGUCGAGGUGUCUCUGAAAGUGAGUUGUGGAGGAUGUAUGUAUGUGAAAGGAUGGGUUAUCGUGUUUUGGUGGGUGUGGCUGGUAUUGGACAGUGGAUUAAGGUCUUAGUUGUUUUUUUUUUUUUUUGUACAUUUUCCAUCUUUAAUUUAUAUAAUAUAUAAAAACUAUGAACCAUGUAAUUUAUGUUGAUUUGGAGAAAUAGUGCGGUCUGAUGAGGGUGGUAAAACUAUCUUCACUCGUUUGUGCAAA